AUAAAAAUAAAAAAUUGUAGGGGAAGGGAAACCGCGGGAGUUCUAAAACGGGGCCUCUAGCCUAACAAAAAUAGCCUUCGGAGCGUUAAAACGGGUCCUAUGGCCUAACAAAAAUAGCCGGGCUGUCAUGCACCGAGGUUUUUUUAUGUUUUCCUUCGACCUCUUCUGUUGCGAUAUUUACUGGCAUCAGUCAACGGUAUUUUCGUAAAUAAAAGAAAAACGAAGGGCAUAUUUUCCGAACAAGGUUGAAGGCGCAACAAAGCCUUGACGUGGCUUCGAGAAUGGUGAACGAAGCAAUGGAUAUUCAUCCCCCGCUGAAGGCAGGGGUGGAUCCCAGAGGAGGAGGAGGAGGAGGAGGAGGAGAGGUGACAGCGUCGGCAAUGAACUCGCUACGCAUAGGGGCGGUGAUACAAAGGUUGGGUCUCCACACCCAAAUCGGUGAUCUCUUCAACGCCUGCCUCCACUUAGCCAAAGGUAUUGAUUAUGCGGUUGCACACAAUGAGAUUCCUCUGGUAGUACAUGACUUACCUCCAGUAAUAAAACAGGUGUAUCAACGUAAGAACGAGGCUGCCCUUCAAUCAGCUAUUAUGCUGCUAAUGGUUUCUGUUAAGAGUGCUUGUCGGAAUGGAUGGUUCCUGGUUAAAGACACUGAAGAACUUCUUUCCCUAACAAACGAGAUAUCAAGCAGUUUUUGUGGCACAGGGAAUUUUAGCACUGAACCAAGCAAUGUUCUUGAUAUCAUUUUAACAAUUAUAUGCAGAUUCUAUCCACGGAUAAAGAUGGGUCAGAUAAUUGUUUCUCUUGAAGUGAAGCCUGGAUAUGAAAUUUUGGUGGUCGAUUUCCUUAUCCACAAGGCUCUGCCAGUCGCUGCAAAAGAAAGAAUUCGGUUGUUUGUAGCUCAAACGGAUAAGAUGGAGACAUCGUCUUGUAUUAUAAGUCCACCAGAAGUGAAUUUUAUGUUAAACGGAAAAGGAGUAGAGAGAAGGACAAAUGUUUCAAUGGACAGUGGGCCACAAUUUCCAACAGAUGUGACUGCAAUGCUUAGAUAUGGGACAAAUGUUAUGCAAGCUAUUGGGCAUUUUAACGGCAAUUAUAUCAUAGUGAUAGCAUACAUGAGUUUGAUAUCAGCCUCUGAUACUACAGUAACAGAAGAUUACAUCCAACCUGCUGACACUGCACUUGCAUCAGUAGAUGAUGAGAUAAUUGAGGGGCCAUCAAGAAUAUCACUUAAUUGUCCGAUAAGCUUUAGACGUAUCAAAACCCCUGUAAAAGGACAUCUCUGCAGACACCAUCAGCUAUUGGAAGAGGCAGGAGAGGACAUCACUGAUGUACUUAUCUCAGCAGAUGGAUCUUGGAAACUUAUUGCCGAACAUGAUGACCAUACUAAUCAACCACAAAAUGUAGCACUUCCUGGCCAUCAAGAUGGACUAGAGCAGUGUGAAUCUACGUCCCAAGAUAUCCAAACCAAUGUUGUGGAUCUUACUACGGAAGAAACUGAUGACAGAGAUGUGGGGAUCAAUUCUACAGAAGCAGACACUUCAAUGGGCUAUGUGAACCAGCAUUACACAAAUACCUGUGAAUCUGAAGAUAGGAAACCUUUUCAGGGUAUUCAUCUAGGUUUUUCUGUUACUCAAAAUCUUUCUGAGUCUCCACUUCUUAGAAGUACCUCAGAGACGGUACAAGAAGAUGCUUGUCAAACAGGUCAUACUAUCUUGUCGAGGAUUUUGUCAUCUGCUUCCAAUGGAUCAGAAGUACCUGUUGCUAGAAUGGAUGGCCAUACAGGCAUUUCAGAAUCCUUUACCAUUGGUGCCUUGCAGGCUCCAGUGCUAAGAACUGCUGUUUCACCUGUGCUUAAUCAAGAUCCCAUGGAUGGAUGUGGCAUCAAUCAACCAGCAGUCACUAUUGAGACUGCGCGACAAGCCAGGCAAUCUGCAACCACUGAAAACAUGCAGUUACAACAGCCACAAUUUGGAAAUUCAAUUGUAGGCCGUGAAACCGAUAGAAGAUUAAUACCUAGACAUGUCAGCAGAGCCCCCAUAGCAAUUCAGGCCCUUCCAGCCCAGACACAAGGACCCAUUUCGCAUCAGCAAAGGCCACGAACAAGUUUACUGGGUGUCAAUUCCAUGAUCUGCAAUAGCACCCCUCCUGUUGCUUCCCCAGCAUCCCCUGCUGUGAUGGCUACUCCAGAUAGUUUUAAUUUCUUAGGCUGUGACUUCGAAAGGCAGCAGGUCACACAGACACAACCAAAUCCUCUGUCGACUUCUGAUGUUGCUUCAUCUUCAUUGCAGCCUCACACCAUGACACAGAAUUGGGAUAGUCAGGAUCUUUAUAUUCCAAACCAAUCAUUCCAACAGGGGAGCAGCCAUCUGGCAACAGGCCACCAGAAUCAAGCAAGUGCUUAUAGAGCUUCCCCUGGGCCUCCUCCACGCCACCAAAAUCCACAAUAUCAGCAUCCUGCAUGCAUGAGGGUCUCUCAAACUAUUAGCCACCUUGAGAAUAUGCUCCGCCAAUCUUCUCGUGUGCCAUCAUUGCAUGUUCAGCAAACAAGCCAAGGUGUCGAUCUGGCAGCAGGAAGUGCAACUAACCAACGCACUCAAUUAAUGGUUCCCCAUCAGUCCUCACAGAUAGCAGGGCCACCAGCAGUGGCAGGUUCAGAAGCUCCCAGAACAAUAUCAUCUUACCCCACGAAUGCCAAUGGUAUUAGGCUAACCAUGGGAGAGCACAGAUGGAACUUGGGUGGGGCACAACCAGCUCCUAUGAUUGACAGUGUGACAGAACUGCCAUCAGAGCAGAACUGGCGGCCCACAGGGCGGAUGAGGGGAAGCCUUAUGGGAAGGACUUAUUCAGCUGCUCUCAGCCAACUCAUUGUUCAACCCACCCCACCGGCACAAGCCAGACUGCUGUGACAAACCCAACUGCCACCAGUUAGGUGCAACUGCAGAUGCUCAUUGCAAACAGAACAGCACCAAAUCUGGUGGACAAACCCAGGCAUACUCUACAGGGGAUGCAGGAAGGACAGGAAGCUUGGGCAUCCUAACCGAGGGGCCUCUUCCUAUGCAUUAAACUGACUGCCUAUGUAUUUGUUGACUGCCUGGAACCUACUGAGAUAGGGAGCUAUGCAUAACUAGCAAUAGUUGUUUGAUUCCGUAGUUAUGGUUUUGUCCAGUUUUAUUUUGGAUUCCAGAGUAUACAUGUUCUUUUGCAGUUGGCAUAGAGAAGUUCAUGUAGUGAAAUGGAUGUGCUGUGGAUUUGGAUUC